AUCGCUUCCUUAUUUCCCUGCCUCAGAGGCCCCUUGAGACGUCUGGACCCCUAAAGGUACACAGAGUCACUCGUCCUUGAAGCUAUGCCGAGGUGUGCGAGAUCGCCCCUUACACCCCGGCAGACACCCUUUGCAUAUGCAGACCUGCGCGCCGCCGACACACCUCGGAGCUCCCAGAGCGCGCCCGGCACUCGGGGCUCACAGGCAGGUGCCUCGCCGCGCAGACUCGCCGGGCGCGGGGACCGGCUCGGGCGCGGGGCCGGCUGGGGCGGGGCAGCGGCGCGCGUUCCCCGCCGGCCACACGGGCCGCCUUGCCCCCGGCGAGGGGCGUGUGCACCGGCCCGGGAUCCUUGGGCCCCAUGUUCACGGAGCUAAGGACCAAGCUGAGCCCCCCGCGAGGCCGCGCCGGGGCUGUGCGUGCCGGCUUCGGGGAGCGCCGGGAUGUGGACGCUGCUGCACACUUCGGCUUCUGCCAAACCCUCCUGGAGCACACGGUGUCCACUGAGAGCAUCCCCUGCCACCUGCCUCGGACGCCGGGCACCAGCCUCACGUGGCACGACUCCCGUAGCCAGAGGGCCGCUGGUGGCCGGCCUGUCAAGCUCCUGCAGCAGCCUGGCACAGAGGCCCCCCAGGGCCGGCUGUACUCUGACCACUAUGGCCUGUACCACACAAGCCCCUCCCUGGGCGGCCUGACGAGGCCUGUGGUCCUGUGGAGUCAGCAGGACGUGUGCAAGUGGCUCAAGAAGCACUGUCCCCACAACUACCUCGUCUACGUGGAGGCCUUCUCCCAGCACGCCAUCACAGGCCGGGCGCUGCUGCGGCUGAAUGGGGAGAAACUGCAGCGGAUGGGGCUGGCGCAGGAAGCACAGCGGCAAGAAGUGCUACAGCAGGUGCUGCGCCUGCAGGUGCGCGAGGAGGGGCGGAGCCUGCAGCUGCUCAGCCAAGCCUCUUUCGGAAACACGUCCUAGCUGCUGCCUGGGGCUUGAAGCCCGGACCCCAGCACUGUGACCAGAGCCUGUGGCAAGGACGAUGCAGACCUGGCACACAGCCCCUCUCGGACCCCGCCAGAGGCGCCAGGGGCUGAGCCCAACCCAGUGGACAGGUGGGACCAGGAUUGCCAUCUCUGGUUGUGCAUUCUGGGCUGUGAGCAGGUGGGGGCUGCUUGGGUGUGGCCCUUCCUCCCAGGACCUGAGCCCAAAUCUACCCUCUGGUGCUGCUGGCAGCAUGCGGGGCAGCUACCUGGAGCCAGGGCAGGGUCUGGCUAUCCCCCUAGACUCCCAGGGAGUCUCUUUAUUAUUUAUAUUCCCUUCACCCACACUGAUGUCUGCGCCCCUAUUGCCUGCUGAGUCACGCUCCCUCUGGGCAUCCUGCCCUCCCCAGGGCAAGAGGUUUGUGUCUGCCCAUUUGUCCAGUUCUACGAACCUUCACCCAGCACCUAGAGGAUUGCCGGCACAGGUGGGAUGAACUGUGCAGGCUCCCUUUGGCCAGGGCCACCCCCCCCCCCAUGGUCAGCAGCAGCCGCCAAGAACUCUCCCUCAUGAUUUCUGAGACCCUCACCACACCCCCAUCUAUUCCCAGGACCUGAAGCAAGAGAGGUCUGGGGAUUGCUCAGGUGCCUAAGACCUAACACAGCACCAUGAGGACCCCAUAGCCAGGAUUAGGCUCAGCCAUGUUGUGGCCUUGGGUUUGGGAGUUCAGCUCCUGCUCUCCCAACAUUUGUUGGGGAGCUGCCCUGAGGCACAGUCGGGGGCAUGUGCAUUCUCACUGUUCCUUUCCCAGGAAAAUCCGAAUUCAUAGAAGAGACUGUCCUGAGGGCUGCAUCGCCCACACCCUGUCCUGUGCCCAGGGCAGAACGGAGAUGCCAGACAUCUCCACCCCUCCUCACCCCCAUCCACCCUGUAGCCUCACAGUUGCUGAGAUACAGGUGUCCCUCCAGCCACACACAUCCUGGACAAUCCAGGAUGAUCUUCUCAUCUCAAAACCCUUCACUUAAGCAGCCAGCCCCUCAGCAACCACUCCGUGGGUCAGGGGGCCCAAGGUUUGGGACUGGUGCUGCCCAGCAGAGGGACAGUGAGGGUGGUCCUGGUAGCCCCCACCCUCUUGCUCCUCUGCCUUCCCAUUCCCCUAGGGAACUCUGAAAAUUUCAGGGACAGAUGAGGCUGAGCCUCCAGCCUCUUCUCUGUGCCCUGAGCUGGCCUCCAGGUGGGAGGUUGGUUGCUGCAGGUCCUGAGUGGAAUUUGGCCUGGUGCUCCCCAUCCUGUAGGCCGAUAUAGGAAGCCCCCAUGUCCUGUCUGGCCACCCUGAUUGUCCCAGCCCACCUUGUGCCAUCACAGCGUUGUCGUUUCCGGAGGGUCCUUCCUAUCACUGCCCCCACCUCCUCCCUCUUUUGUCUUGCCCCCAUGCCCCCAUGCUCUUGUCUUGUCUUCUUUGUUUUGCGCUUUUUUAUAUUCUGACAAAAAGACCAGAAAUAAACCUGGUUCUCAAGUGCCCCAAGUGUGUGUUCGGCUCCAGCCAACUGGGUGUUUGAGAGUGGGAAGAGCCCUGGGUGGGGGGGCCCUGGCUGUGGGAGGAGGGGGUGCCAGUGCCCAGCUCAGGUGCCUCCAUGGGGCCACUAGGGGGCAGUGGCGUCGCAUCUUGACAGGGUACCUGUUCACCCCAGGGCCAGGUGGGGAAAGAGGCAGAGGGCUAGAAUCCUGGGCUCAGCCCUGUGGACUGCACCCAGACGCAGGGAGAGAGGUGCGUUACUUUCCUGGGGCUGCCGUGACAAAUGAGCACAACUGGGAAGCUUAACACAACAGAAAUGGAUUUUGUUCCAGUGAUGCAGGCCACCAGUCUGAAACCCAGCAGGGUCACACU